GGCAGCCCUCGAAUCAGUCAAUUAACAAAGUAUUAACAAAGUUACCGUUGAAAUCUGUCAAAGUCGCGAUCAGAAAAUUCAAGUAAAAACGCAAUCAUUUUGCACCAAAAAUGGCACGUGCUUCGUCAACCAGGUUAAGUACGACCAUGUUGAACCAACUCAGGUCUUUCAGUAACGAGUUAGCUUCAAAUGAGAUACGAAGUCGCCUUGAAGCAGUUCCGACAGAAAGGCUGAUGACCGCCGACUAUUCUGGAAGUAUCCGAUACAAUGUGUGUAUGGAUAACAAUGCGUCGAAGAAGAAGUUUAUUUUUGAGAAAAUGCCAGGGAUCAGUUUGGGUCAGCAGAAUGCUGGAGUCAAACUGCAAAAAGCAAACAAUGAUGAAGAAUUAUGUGUGUCAGUACAAACUUCCGAAGAGAAGGGCUAUCGAGCUUUCGACGUAUCUACAACUCAAAAGAAUGUUAUUUUGCCAUUGAAGAUGUCCAGACUAUCCAACCCUUUUCCUGAACCAGUGAAGGAUUUUUUGAGUGAUGCCCUAUCACAACAACUUGGACCAACGAGAAAUUGAUCGAACUAUUGUGUAAUGUAAGCAUGGUUAGCCUAACUUGUGUAAAAUGAAAAUCUACAAUAGGGUUCACCCUAUAUCUGGAAAACCUUAUGUCAGCUCCAAGAUAUCGUUAGUUCAUUUUUAAUAUCUUGGAGAGAUAGCUAAUACUCCAGGAUAUGAUUCCCCAAACAAAUUUAUGAACAAAAGUUUGUACGAAUGUAUGUCUACAAUGGCUUAAAUCUUUAGUAUUGUAUUAUUAAAGAAAAAGUUGGUUCUAUUUUACAUUUCCUUAAAUACUUUAUCUAUUAUUUUUAUUUUUGACAAGUUAUGAGAUAAUAUACAAUGACAUGAUUAGUAUAAAAAAGUUAUUCUAUUGGCAGUGGCGUCCUUGCAGACAUGUCCGGUGAUGUUUAAAAAAAAAAUUGAUAAGCCACUAAUAUUUGACAAAAGAUUUCGCAAGACAUGUUUCCAGGGACGCUACUCGCGCAGCGACAUAAUAACUUUAAAUAUCAUUUUACAACUUCUUAUAAGUAUGCUAAAAUUAAAAACGAUAUAGUGCUUUCGAGGAUGAAAAUUAAAAAAAGUUUUUCUUGAAAAUUCCACACCAUGUAGAAAAAAAUUGAGAUAUUGUGAACAUAUAUACUUUUCUUUAUGAGGAGUAUUAGCUUAUCAUUAAGAAGCACCCUGUAUUUUUGUGGUCUUUUAAGGCUAACCUUGCAUUUUAGAGUAUAACUAAAUAAAUUCAAAAAUAUUAAAUUUCUGAAUUCGUGAAACUAUGCGAUUACUCCCAAUAAAAUUUUCUGAACGACG